AGAACAAAUGAAGGCUCUCCAGGAGGCCCUGGAAAGUCAGCUUAAGGAGACAGCUGACAAAGCAGAAAAACAACAGGCUACUAUUAAUUUUCUAAAGACUGAAAUGGAAAGAAAGAGCAAAAUGAUUCGCGAUCUCCAGAAUGAGAAUAAAAGCUUGAAACACAAACUGUUGUUUGGAAACAAGCUAUGUGGCCUGCAUGCAGAAGAGUCAAAAAAAGUUCAAUCCCAGCUGAAGGAACUUCGUUAUGGGAAGAAGGACUUAUUAUUUAAGGCCCAACAGCUUACCGAUCUGGAACAAAAAUUAGCUGUAGCGAAAAAAGAACUGGAGAAAGCAGCUCUUGACCGGGAGUCACAGCUGAAAGCAAUGAAAGAGACUGUACAACUCUGCCUCUCAACUGUUUUCCGUGAUCAGCAUCCUCCCCAUUUGAAUCCCUUCAGGCCAUAUCGAACUCAGAUAUCAGUCCCAACCAUGAUAAGUGACUCGAGGACUGCAUAUGUAAGCACAACAGCCAAGCCUCAAGAAGUCACUACUGAAGUCAAUGAAACCCCGCAAAUUGAGACUACAAAGGAAGAGGUUCUACUCCGUACCCCUGAGUGCGACUCUCAAAUUCUUUUUCAGGAGAGCACGGCCUGUUCUACGAAGCAUGAUGAAAAUCUUCCAAACAAUGACACUGCGGAAUCAUCACCUGUCCCACAGGAUGAACCAGUGCCUCCUUGUACUGAAUGUGAUGAGGAAAAAAAACCAGAAAAUCAAAUGACUGACACCAAAGGGACAGCAAAUAGAGAAAAAAAAUUACUGUAA